AUGUCCCUCACCAAUGCCUCCCCCGCCGACGCGGCCAAGGCGGCCAAGUCGGCGUCACUCGUGCUGAGCACGCUAUCAGCAGCCGCCCGCAACGAGGCCCUCGACGCCAUCCACGCCGGCCUGACAGCAGCGCGCGACGACAUCCUCGCCGCCAACGCCCGCGAUCUCGCCCUCGCCCAAGCCGCAGCCGCCGACGGCACGCUCAGCCAGAGCCUCGUCGCCCGGCUCGACCUCAGCCGCAAGGGCAAGUGGGAGGACAUGCUCAAGGGCAUCCUCGACGUGCGCGACCUCGACGACCCCGUCGGCCGCGUAACACUACGCACCCGCCUCGACGACGGCCUCGACCUCGAGCGCGUCACCUGCCCCAUCGGCGUGCUCCUCAUCAUCUUCGAGGCCCGCCCGGAGGUGAUCGCCAACAUCGCCGCGCUAGCCGUGAAAUCCGGCAACGCGGCCAUCCUCAAAGGCGGCAAGGAAUCGACCGAAUCCUUCGUCGCCAUCGCAACCGUCAUCUCCGCCGCGCUUGCCCGCUCCGCCGUCCCCAACGCCGCCAUCCAACUCGUCACCACGCGCGACGUCAUCCCGCAACUCCUCGCCCUCGACCACGACAUUGACCUCGUCAUCCCCCGCGGCUCUAACGACUUAGUCCGCUACAUCAAAAACAACACCCGCAUCCCCGUCCUCGGCCACGCCGACGGUCUCUGCGCAGCCUACCUCGACCCCUCCGUCGACGCCACCCUCGCAGCAGGCGUCAUCUUCGACUCCAAAACCGGCUACCCCGCCGCCUGCAACAGCCUCGAGACGCUCCUCGUCCACGAAGCCGCGCUGUCCACCCACCUGCCCACCAUCGCAACCGCCCUAGCCGUCAAGGGCGUCGAACUCCGCUGCGAUCCCCAAAGCAAAGCCGCUCUCUCCGACACCCCCAACCUUACGCUCCUCGACGCCGUCGAGUCCGAUUACACCACCGAAUUCCUCUCCCUCACCCUGGCCAUCAAAACCGUCUCCUCCGUCUCCGAAGCCAUAACCCACAUCAACACGUUCGGCUCCCACCACACCGACUUAAUCCUAACCGGUUCCACAGACCAAGCAGAGCAGUUCAUGUCAGCGGUGGAUUCCGCGGGUGUGAUGUGGAAUGCCUCGACAAGGUUUGUGGACGGCACGCGGUACGGGUUUGGGACAGAGGUGGGGAUUAGCACGAAUAAGAUCCAUUCGAGGGGACCGGUCGGGUUGGAGGGGUUGAUGAUUUAUAAGUAUAAGGUUAGGGGACGGGGGCAGGUGGCGACGAGUUAUGGGGAGGGGGAGGGGCAGAAGAGGUAUUUGCAUGAGAAAUUGGCUUUGGAUUGA